CCAGGCCUUCCGAGUUAGCGUUGCAGGAAGGCUGAACGUGCGCUCGAUCAUGGUUGUGCAUCUGUGGCUUCGAGCAGAGAAGAAACCGAAUGAAAGACGUACUCAUAUUACUCCAGAGAGGUGCAAAGAUCUGGUUAAGGCAGAUUUCACGUAUAACUANCUGAAAGAACUUCCCGAGAGUGAUGAUCCUGUCACCCACAGGCACAUCUUUUAUGCCCAUGCUUAUAAGAACCAAACAGGAUGGGCAGAGCUACUUUACAGGUUUGUUAAAGGAGGAGGAAGCAUCUACGACAUUGAGUUUAUGACUGAUGACAAUGGUAAGUGUGUGGUUCCUGUUUUCUCUACCAUGGCUGGCUUUUGUGGAAUGGCUGUUGGUGUUAUUGCAUGGUGUCACCAGCAGUUAAACCCUGAUGUUGCUCUCCCAUCAGUUUCUGCUUAUGGCAAUGAAGAUCAAAUGUUAACGUUUGUAAAAUCCCAGUUAAAAGAGAUUGCUAAAAGAAAAGGUGUUCCUGAAGUGAUCCCUCGGAUCUUUGUGAUUGGUGCCCUGGGUCGCUGUGGUAAAGGAGCUGUGGAGAUGGCACAUAAACUGGGUGUUCCAAAGUCACACAUAACAGAGUGGGACAUUGCAGAAACACAAGGAAAAGGACCUUUCCCAGAGAUUUUGAAGUACGACAUCUUUGUGAACUGCAUUCUUCUCAAUGAGAAAAUUCCACCAUUCAUAACCAAAGAAAUGUUGGACACAGAUGAAAGAUCGUUGAGUAUUGUAGUGGAUGUCAGCUGUGAUCCAAACAGUCCUAACAAUCCUUUACCAUUUUACGACACCUGCACAUCGUUCAAAGAUCCUACUUACAGAGUUAACCUGUCGAAGUCUUCCAAGCCAUUAGACGUUGUUGCUAUUGAUCACUUUCCUUCCCUGCUACCAAGAGAGAGCAGCACAAGAUUUGCAAAUGAUUCUACGCCACAUUUGCUCAAGUUAGAUCAGGUCGAUACUUACUGUGUGUGGGUUAAUGCCAAGAAAAUGUUUGACCAGAAAGCAGCCGAGGCAGAAAAAGUUUUCUCUAAACAAUAAUGAUAACAACGACAACAGUAUUGCAGAAUGAUUUUACAUUCAAUGUAUUAAUAGAAUAGAAUAAUAUGUACUUAUUGUAUGAAUGGGAGGGCCGCACGGGAGAAUAUUUGGCUCUCGGUCAGGACGUAAAGUACAUAAAAUGGCCGCGGAGGUGAAUACAAGAAACUGCAAAGUAACUGUGACAGUACGAAGAUUGAAAUUAUUCCUCUGAAAUGUCAGUCGUCUUGUUAUGUCGUUUUGCAGAAAUUUUGAGAUGUGAUUUUUUAACACGAAUGAGGCAAACUACAGUUUUUGUCUUAGUCUUUAUACAAAUGCUACGUUUGCAAGUAAUAACAAAGCAAACGCGAAACAUUAAAUUAAUAAAUAAAAAGAAAUACCGCGGAACGUU